UCAAGGUAAUUCGUUCUAAAAGUGGGGAAAAAUCUCAAGGAAUUCAAUGACGCGCGCGAUGCCUUUUCAGUACCACGGACAGCUCCACGCGCGCACAGCGUCUCCGAGGCGCGCGCUCAAUGCAAACUUCACCCGCUGAAUGAAACCUGGAUUCAACUGCUGGAAUUCAGCCAUAUGUUUUUUUUUAAUGCAACAUUAGAGUAACACCAAACUGUCUGGAAGGAGACGAAGAAAAAUACGGAGUCUAAACCGGAUGUCUUGGAAAAGAUCCGCCUUGAAGCUGUCGAUGAGAGGUGAACUGGACGGGUCAGAUUGUGAUCUUCUCUAACAAGCGGGAGAUGGCGGCGAUCCUCCAGUUUGCUUAUGACUGCUUACACUCACACUCAACUGUCUGAAGUCUUCUUCUAGCUCUAGUCUAAGCACUGCUCCUUUCCAAUAAGCGAGAGGACCAAAGACUACCAAACAGGGAUUGACCCUGUUAAAUGCACCGAUCUUUGUGCGCCAUGGCUCAGAGGUCAGCUCAUUUUAGAGGUCACGGGCCCUCCUGGCCGCUUCACCUCACUCUGCUGCUGCUUCUGUUGGCCAGGACACCUCAAGCAUUGGCAAUUCCAGGGUACAACACUGACACCUCCAAGAAGGAGAUCGUAAUGGAUGGAGAUCUAGUGAUCGGAGGCCUGUUCCCUGUGCAUCAUAAAGGGGAAGGAGCUCAGGACUGUGGUCGUAUCAAUACACAGAGAGGGAUUCAGAGACUUGAGGCAAUGCUGCUAGCUUUGGACAAGAUCAAUCAGGAUGAUCAGAUUUUGCCCGGGGUGACGUUAGGUGCCCACAUUCUGGACACUUGCUCAAAAGACACGUACGCACUCGAGCAGUCGCUAGAAUUUGUGCGCGCUUCGCUUACAAAAGUGGACGAUAGUGAGUACACGUGUCCGGAUGGAUCCUACGCCAUCCAUGAUGACGUUCCGCUCGCAAUAUCAGGCGUGAUUGGAGGAUCCUACAGUGAUGUAUCCAUACAGGUGGCCAAUCUCCUUCGUCUUUUCCAGAUCCCUCAGAUCAGUUAUGCCUCCACCAGUGCGAAACUGAGUGACAAAUCCCGCUAUGAUUACUUUGCCCGAACUGUACCUCCUGACUUCUACCAAGCCAAAGCCAUGGCUGAGAUCCUGCGCUUCUUCAACUGGACGUACGUCUCCACUGUGGCCUCAGAAGGAGAUUACGGUGAGACGGGCAUCGACGCCUUUCAGCAAGAAGCUCGGGCCUUGCAAAUCUGCAUCGCAACAUCUGCCAAAGUCAGUCGCUCCAUGGACCAAUACAGUUAUGAUGGAGUGAUCAGAUCUCUGUUGCAGAAAUCUAACGCUAAAGUGGUAAUCCUGUUCACCAGAAGUGAAGAUGCUAGAGAGUUGUUGGUGGCAGCGAAGCGGAUGAAUGUCUCCUUCAUCUGGGUGGCCAGUGAUGGAUGGGGAGCGCAGGAGGUUGUGGUGAGAGGGAGCGAAAGUGUUGCAGAUGGUGCUUUUACUAUUGAGCUUGCGUCAUAUACCAUUCCUGAAUUCGCAGCGUACUUUACAAACCUCAAUCCGUAUAACAACACACGUAACCCGUGGUUCAGAGAGUUCUGGGAGAAUAAAUUCCAGUGCAGUCUGCAUGAUAUUAACUGUGGGAAACAUUCUCUCCGGGAUGGUAAAUUCGAGCAGGAGUCUAAAAUAAUGUUUGUGGUGAAUGCGGUGUACGCCAUGGCCAAUGCUCUUCACCACAUGAGGCAGGCAUUGUGCUCCAAUAGCACCAAACUCUGCAGUGUCAUGAAACCGGUGAAUGGGAAAAGACUGUACAAGGACUACAUCCUGAAGACAAAAUUUGAUGCUCCAUUUCGCCCGGCUGAUACUGAAAACAUCAUUCACUUUGAUGCAUACGGAGACAGUUUGGGCCGCUACAACAUCUUCCAUUAUCAUAAAGAGAAUGAUGAGUACGUCUAUAGAAAGGUGGGCUACUGGGCUCAGGAUUUGACUCUGAACACAACAUUAAUUCCUUGGGAGAGCCAAGCGGUGCCCACAUCCCAGUGCAGCGACCCAUGUAGGAAAAACGAAAUUAAAAGCAUGCAGCCUGGAGACGUUUGCUGCUGGAUUUGCAUUCCCUGUCAACCAUACCAGUACCUGCUGGAUGAAUUCACAUGUGCGGAUUGUAGCUUCGGACAGUGGCCUCUAGACAAUCUCACAGGCUGUUAUGACUUACCCGAGGAGUACAUUCAUUGGGAGGACGCUUGGGCAAUUGGACCGGUCUCUAUUGCUUGCCUUGGCAUGCUUUGCACGCUCUUCGUCAUUGGCCUCUUCCUGAAAAACAACGAGACUCCGGUGGUGAAAGCUAGUGGACGUGAACUAUCGUAUAUCCUUCUCCUAGGCGUCCUUCUUUGCUAUUUCAUGACUUUCAUCUACAUCAGCAAACCUUCGGCUGUUGUGUGCACGUUACGACGGCUCGGUCUAGGCACUUCCUUCGCUGUUUGCUACUCUGCGUUACUCACCAAGACCAAUCGCAUUGCUCGGAUUUUCAAUGGUGUUAAAGAUGGAGCUCAAAGGCCGAGGUUCAUCAGUCCAGCCUCACAGGUGGCCAUCUGCGCCGCGCUUAUCUCCUGUCAGCUUCUUGUAGUGGUGGUCUGGCUCCUGGUCGAGGCUCCGGGGGUGAGAAAGGAGGUCAGUCCUGAAAGAAGAGACGUGGUGACAUUGAAGUGCAACAGCAAGGACUCGAGCAUGCUGAUGUCCUUAACCUACAACUGUGUCCUCAUCAUCCUCUGUACCUUUUACGCCUUUAAGACUCGAAAGUGCCCAGAGAACUUCAACGAAGCCAAGUUCAUCGGCUUUACCAUGUACACCACGUGUAUAAUCUGGCUGGCUUUCCAGCCCAUCUUCUAUGUUACUGCCAGUGACUAUAGGGUACAGACCACAACCAUGUGCAUCUCUGUGAGUCUGAGCGGUUCGGUGGUUCUGGGCUGCCUCUUCGCUCCCAAAAUCCACAUCAUCCUCUUUCAGCCGCAGAAGAACGUCACCACACUCAGAGUGGCCACCACGCGCUUCAGUGUGACCACCGGCCCCGGCUCCAGCUUCUCUCAAGCUUCGGCCUCCAACAUUGUGCCUACAGUAUGUAAUGGCAGAGAGGUAGUGGACUCAACAACAUCUUCACUCUGAGAAAACAGGAUUCCUGUUUGUUUGCCAAAUGCGAUAUACAGAUAAAUCCUAUCUUCACUAGUCAUGAAAUCAAGUGUUUGCUAAUGUUGAGGAGGCUGUUCGGAAUAAAGAAUAAAGCCUGUUAUGUUGUUCUCAACGUGCUGUGAGUACAAUAUCCCAUUUGUUUCUCUUUCUCUUACUCUUUCUCUAUCUGACUAGUUAGAUCAUAUCAGUGGGAUGCCAGUUUAAGCUCUGUAUACCCAUUCUUUUUAUGGAAACCAUAAUAAAGUAUUGUUUGAGAUAUGGAGUUAAAAUAUAGUAAAUCUGUUUAAAGUAUUAUA